GUGGCAGCGUUUGGUUUGUGAGUGAUUUGAGGAUGAUAUAUUAUGUUUUGCUCGUCGCUCUGGAUAUGAAGGGCCCAUUCUAAGAUAGCGAAAACACAACGUUUAUUAUUUUACGGUGAUUGUACUCUGGUGAAAACAUAAUUCUGAAUAUUGUAUUCCACUUCCUGAAUACUAGCCACUGGACUUUGGGCUUAGCACGCGCGGGCGGGUUUGUGACUGGCUCUGUCAAUCAUUAACGUCAUCACAUAACCUCAACGUGCUCCGCCCUACGGUGGUCAAGUGUUUCCGCCGAGAUGGUUGUUGGUGCCUUCCCUAUCGCCAAGCUCCUCUAUCUCGGAGUAAGGCAGAUGAGCAAGCCUGUAGCGAACCGAAUAAAAGCGGGAGCCCGGAGAAGCGAUUUCUUUAGGAAUUACAUCUGUUUGCCGCCAGCACAGUUUUACCACUGGAUUGAGAUGAGAACAAAGAUGCGGAUCAUGGGCUUUCGGGGUGCCAGCAUUAAGCCACUGAAUGAGGAGGCAGCUGCAGAGUUGGGUGCAGAGUUGCUGGGAGAGGCAGUUAUCUUCCUUGUUGGUGGUGGAUGUAUGGUACUGGAGUACAGCAGGCAGGCUGCUAACUCUCGCCGCAAAGAGGAAGAGCUGACUGAAACCAUCACAAGCCUACAGACUCAAUUAGCAGAACUAACACUGACGACAGAAACUCUAGAUGCCCAGCUGAGAGAGUUCAACAGGCAACUGCUGUCCUUUCCUGUUCCAAGCAAAAAGUGAUUAAAUUAGAUAUUUGCUAUAUGAGGUGGUUGAGUUUGUUGGUCUGUGUGUGAAGAACAAGAGUGCACAAACAUACCACUGUCAUAUGUGCAGUCUGAUAACAACCCUGCUUCAUACACUGUCCCCUGUCCAUUAAGUUGGGUGGAAGAGGUGGACAUAAGAAUAUCAGUGCACUGUGGAUUUGGGUGCUAUCAUUAGCUCACAUUUUGAGCAACUAGUUGUAAAGGGGAAUUCCUAUGAUAUUCAUAGUGUAUUUCUAUGGUUGAUCUUGCAUGUUCAUAAAGUGGACUACAUAUAAAGAUUUACAGUAAAAGGCAAUGGUGACUUAAAGUUUAAUGUAUUUACAGCUCUAGCAUAAUCGUCUUUUUAUUUCAGUGAUUGUCAUGGAUCUUAAUUACUUGGGAGACAGUGAUUUUCAUACUUCAUCGGCUUCAAUUGUGAGUGACUCUAGAUUAUAUAAGGGCACUCAUCAAUGAGAAACAUUUUGUGCCCUUGAUUGUGAUCCAAAAACGGACAACAAAGCAAACAUCAGAUCAGAUUUUUUUUUUUUUUUUUUGAGUGUCUGCACCAACACUUUCAUGGACAUGUUGCAUUUACACUGUAAAUCCAUUUUCUGGUUCAGGUAUAUUGUAUAUGUGAUGACAACUGCAAAGGAUGAUGUAAAAUAAAAUGGUAUGCUGUCUGUU